GAUGGCACGGCACGGCGCCGGGCAGCUCCUGCUGCUGGGGCUCAUGCCAGCUCUCCUCCUGGCUGUGAGGAUCAACGGCAAAGGCCGUGAGGUGCUGUACUUGGCCAAGGGAGACUCAGUGAAGCUGGGCUGUCCCUACGUCCUCGAGCCCGAGGACAACGGUCCCCAGGGUGUGGGAAUUGAGUGGAUCCAGAUCACACCUGAGAGAACCGGCCCCGAAAAUGUGUUCCUUUCCUACCACGACCACCACGUCAACUACGGCAGCGGCUCGGGGCUGCAGGACCGCGUGGCCUUCGUGCAGAACGACCCCGGGCAGCACGACGCCUCCAUCCGCCUGGCAGACCUGCAGGUCUCCGACACCGGCACCUACCAGUGCCGCGUCAAGAAGAACACGGUGGCCGUGCACGAGGUCAUCGUCACCGUGCAAGAGAAGCCGGCCGCCCCGCAGUGCUGGACCGAAGGAGAUCAGGUGCAGGGCGGCAGCGUUUUGCUGCGCUGCUACAGCCGCGGAGGGGCCGCGCCGCUGGCCUACCAGUGGGCCAAGCUGGCAGAUGGGUACGGAGGAGGACGGCUGCCCCAAGGAACCAUCCAAG